AUGAUAAAGGACUUGCUUCAAGAUAUGGUUAGAAGUGAAGAAGUUUUAAAGAACAUAGAUAACAAUGACAGCUUACAUUAUGAUAACAGCUUCUCUGUAUAUUUGGAAAGAAAUAAUUCAUAUAUAAAAGAAUUGG